AUGUGGAGACACCAGAUACAAGCUGGGCUGCUUCUUUUCCUUUCCUGCUGGAGUUUGGCAGAAGGUGGGAAGCUCUUGGUCGUGCCUCAGGAUGGAAGUCACUGGCUGAGCAUGCGUGUGGUUCUGGAGAGACUCUGGGAGAAGGGCCACAAAAUCGUUGCGGUGGUUCCCGAAGCCGCUUUGUUCUUGAAAAGCUCCCAGCGUUUCACCAUCAAGACAUACUCUGUGCCUUACACACAGGAGUUUGUGGACAAAUUCUAUAAUUCCCUUGGUGAAUAUAGUUUUGUGAACCCCCCCUUUCUAGAAAAAGUCUAUUUUGUCCUCAAGAACAUCUCAGAAGUGACCAGCAUGUUCUCUUCCAGUUGUCGGAGCCUCUUAUAUGACGAAGAACUAAUGAAGUACCUCCAGGACAGCAAAUUUGAUGCUGUCAUGGUGGAUCCUGUGUUGCCCUGUGGGCCAAUUCUUGCGGAACAUCUCUCCCUUCCAUCAGUGUACUUCAUGCGUGGCCUUCCAUGUACCUUAGACUACAAAGCCACCCAGUGUCCCAGUCCUUAUUCUUACGUGCCAAGGUCUUUCACCGACAAUUCGGAUCACAUGACGUUCAUGGAGCGUGUGAAGAACCUCCUGAUUGGGUUUUCAGAGCAUUUGCUCUGCUAUGUGUUUUAUUUAAACCAUGAGAACUUAGCUUCUGAGUUUCUCCACAGAGAUGUAGCAGUCCUGGAACUGUUUAGCAAAGCAUCCAUUUGGCUGAUGAGAUAUGACUUCGUUUUCGAGUAUCCGCGCCCAAUCAUGCCAAACAUAGUCUAUAUUGGAGGCAUCAACUGUGAGCAGAAGCAGCCUUUAUCAAAGGAAUUUGAAGCUAUUGUGAAUGCCUCUGGAGAACAUGGCAUCGUUGUCUUCUCACUGGGCUCCAUGGUCUCCGACAUUCCCAGGGAGAGAGCCAAAGAAAUCGCAAAAGCCUUGGGAACAGUCCCUCAAACGGUUUUAUGGCGCUACACGGGAGAGGUGCCCCCCAACCUGCCGAAGAACGUAAAGCUCGUCAAGUGGCUGCCACAGAAUGACCUUCUAGCCCACCCCAAGACUCGUGCCUUCAUCACCCAUGGGGGCUCCCAUGGUGUCUAUGAGGGCAUCUGCAACGCAGUCCCCAUGGUCCUGAUGCCACUCUUUGGAGACCAGAUGGACAAUGCCAAGCGAAUAGAGUCCCGAGGAGCAGGACUGACCCUGAAUAUCCUGGAAAUGACCUCUGAGGACAUCUCCACAGCCCUGAAAGCAGUUAUUAAUGAUAAAAAGUACAAAGACAACAUUCAGCGCCUCUCAGACCUUCACCUUGACAGGCCCAUCCACCCCCUGGACCUGGCUGUGCACUGGGUGGAGUUUGUCAUGAGACACAAAGGGGCCCCACACCUGAGACCUGCUGCUCACGACCUGAACUGGAUCCAGUACCACUCCCUGGAUGUCAUGGCCUUCCUGCUGGCCGUGGUGCUCCUCUCCCUCUUCAUUUCCCUCAAGUGCUGCCUCUUCUGCUGCCGCAGGUGCUGCUGUAAGAAGGGAAGGACAAAAAAGGCAACCAAAGCAAAGUCCCACUAGUAGAUAAAACCAAUGUUAGGGAGAUAAGGCCUCUGCUCCAGAUCAGAAGGAGCAGAGAACAUCUCAAAUGUCACUAAAAAAAUUU